CACUCUAUUCAAUUGCGGCGUACGCUAACCUCGACAUUGCUUCCUCCUUGAGGACUUCACCGUACCAUCUUGUGUCUAGGUUCUACUGCGUGUUGUCUUCUGCCAUAGAUUAUGCAUACCUUCUGGUGACGGACUGGGGUUAUAGCAUGGUGCUCCUGUGACAGCGCUGAAUUUGAUCCCACAAGCGUUACACCCUUACCAGUGUUAUUCACAUCCCCAAAAUCAUCGGGACAUGCAGAAAACGCAUGAAGACAGCUAGCAAGGCUCUGUUCGUAUAUUAGCCAUCGGGCAACCCGACUGCGAGACCAACUCCCCGCAUCUCUUUGACACCACAGGCAACUUAUAUAAUGCGUCUCUCUCCCAUCUUUGUGUUUUUUGUUACAUCUCUGGCUCUUGUGCAUCAAACCCAUGCAGGCCCAAUCAGCUACGGUAUAUGCCAAACUGGCUGUAAUGCUCUAGCUGUUGCGUGCUAUGCAGCCGCUGGAUUCACGUUUGGGACAAUCGCAGCGCCAGCUGCACCGGCUGCGAUUGUCAGCUGCAACUCUGCACUCGGAGCAUGCUCUGCUUCAUGCGCCUCUGUAGCUUUGUUUUCGCCGACUCCGUGAAGGGCUGUAUCCGUAGUAGGAUGUGCAUGUUUGAAUCUUGAGCAAUGAGGAUAUGGCGU